GACAGAGAAUGCAGAAAACUGAGUCCGAGUGAUAGAGAGGUAAGAACUAGUUUGAGGGAUCUGCAAUAAGUACUUGUAAACAUCUAAGUUCUUCAUAGUGAAUCUCUCAAGAGAGAUCACGAAGUGGAUGUAGGCUAAAGUUUUGGCUGAACCACUCUAAAACUGCUGUGUUUUGUUUCUGUUUCCAAGUUCAUCUAUUUUCUAUUUUGCUUAAAGUAGUCAAACACAAAAGAUUCAAAGGGGGCUUACACUAUAGUUAUAAUUUUCUGUGUAUAUCUUUUGCAGCCGGGAGUAUAUAUUAUGAGGAAGGUCCCCUUCUGACUUUAUUUGUGUUGGUGAAUAUGAGAGGUAUGGACGGCACUUCUGCUAGAAAGAGAAGAAACAGGAGUUUAUCCCCCCCGGCCUCUAAUCCUAUUCAUCACUUGAAAACAUCAAAAACUUCAUCAUCAAGUUCAGCAGCAUCAAGAAGACCACCAUCAAAACUGGUGACUGCUAAUAUUGAAAAUCUUCCCGAACAUGUUUUGGUUGAAAUUCUCUGUCGACUUCCUUGCUAUAAAUUCGUCUCUCAAUGCAAGUCUGUGUCCAAACGUUGGUGCACUCUCAUGUCAAAUCCUUCUUUCAUUGGCCGCUUCCUGUGCCUGCAAAUGGAAAGGCCAAUAAUACGUACCAUGAUAAACGCUGAAGGGGUGGAAUUCCUUAACAAGACUUCAUCAUUGUCCAAGCCACUAACUCCUUUGUUCAGAAGACUGAUGAGUAUCUACAGUUUGGAGAAAGAGCCAAUUGUGGUUGGUACAUACAAUGACUUGGUUCUAUGCUGUGCAACCGAGUAUGAACAACGUGAUUACUACAUCUGGAAUCCAUGCACAAUCCAAUGGGCUGAACUUCCUCCCCCGCCUCGAGUAUACGAGUACACACCUGUGGGAUUCAUCUGCGAUCUUCCCUAUUAUAACAGUAAGACAGGUGAUCAGGAAUCAGGAGAUACCAUCAAGCUUAAUUCAGAGUAUAGGUGCAGGGUUGUGAGAAUUAUUUUUCCUCCUGAUCAGGAAUUUUCCUGCACAUUGGGAGUGCAGAUCUUCUCUUCUGAGACGGGUGAAUGGACAGAAUCAAUUGUAUCCCCCCCAACUGCCCUUAGGUAUGAGUCCAUUGAUCCCAGCAUUAGCUUUGCUUGCAACGGAAUGUUGUAUUGGAUGGGUCGUCGUCGAAAUUUUUUUAUUUUUGGGUUGGAUCCAUUCAUGGUCAACAGUAGUAAGAAUAGUACUAGCAUUAGUACUAUUGGGAAUAAUACUAUUGAUCGCUGUAAAUGUCGAUUGAUUGAAUUUGAUAACUGUGGGUGUGAAAUAAUUCCGUGCGUAGGAGUCCAUAGAGGGUGUUUGCGCAUGUCCGAGUACGACUUUGUCAGCCGUGCUGUAUUUGUUGCGGAUCUUAUUGUAGGAGAACAAGGUGGUUGGAUGGUCAAGUGUCAUGGUGGAACUUCCAGAUUAUGUAUAAAAGACAUGGUAGAUGAGGACAUUUUCAUGUGCAACAGUUUUACAAGUGAAUGGUCAAAGAUAGCAGAAAAGAGUCCAAUUGAUAGUCCUUUCUUCUACCCAUUUGUGCUCCCAUGGUGGCCAACACCAGUUCCUAGACUACCGCAACAUGCACAACCAACCGGAACAAGAAAUUUGUUCCCCCGAACCGGUCAAAACGCCCUCUAA